GGUAAAAUAAUGAACCCAAGUUUCCUGUGAGCCCACAGCUCAUUAGGUCUGCGGUCUGACAGCUGUCUGUGAGCUGUACUACAUUUUGAUGGAUAUUAAAUAUGUUAGUGGAAAUCAUGUAUCAUGUUUUGAUUCAACCGCAAACAAGUUCAAAGAUGAUAUUAAUCGCUGUGGAAUUAGUGGCAUGCGGCCAGUAUAUCGUUGCAAGACAUUUUAAGAGCUCAUAAUUUGCGUUUUUAUUACCUUCAUUGCAUACGACCUACGAUUUUUAUCAGUUGCAUGUACCAAUCGUGAGAGAAUCUUGUCGCGGCGAGGUGGUAGAGCGCGAGGGGCCGGCCAGGUGAUGGAUGCUGGUUAAUGCGAGCAAGUUUGGGAUCAAUGGUGGCAGUGCUAGCUAGGCCGGGCACUGCUCCGUAGGCCGCCCCUACGCUCCUCUCCUCCUCCACACACAUACACACAUACACACCAAAACCAAACGGAAGGCCGCCUAAAACCUCACGAAAUCGACCAAGUAGCGGGUAGCAUGUGGUGGUGUGGCUGGCGGGGGCAGUGAGGGCGGCGAGGCAGUGCACGCUCCACCACCACCAUGCUCUGAGACCCACGCUGCCGACCGUCUUCUGUUUACGAAGCGCGAUGUAAACAAAAAUCGCUGUGCGUCCUCCUCAUCUUUUCUCUUCCCAUCUUCAUCUACCUCAUGUUACAGCUCGCGGCGUAGUUGACCAGUCAUGUCUGGGGUGGUGGCGGUGCAUGUAGGAGCUGGAAGUCACUCCUCUUCCCUCAAAGGAGAAUAUAAAAAAUUAAUGAAGAAUGCAUGUAAUCAGGCUAUGGAAGUCCUGCGAGGGGGAGGGAAUGCAGUGGAUGCGGUGUGCACCGCUACACAGGUCUUGGAGGACUCACCGCGCACCAAUGCUGGGUUUGGAUCCUCCCUGACAGCUGAAGGCGGCGUGGAGUGUGAUGCCAGUGUGAUGGACGGACACACCCUGCGGCAUGGAGCGGUGGGGGCAGUGCCGGGUGUGAGGAAUCCAGUGUUGUUGGCGCGGCAGAUCCUGGAUGCCCAGUCUCAGCCUCUCCCUGGUGGUCUUGUCCCCCCAAGCUUCCUGGCGGGGCCUGGGGCACAGAUGUGGGCUGCCUCAAACAACGUGGAGACGUGUCAGCCCGAGGAGCUGGUGGCGGAUCGGUCUCGGCGCAUCCAUGAGGAGAGCAGAAGGAACAUACAGAGGCUAGAGGAGGGAGGAACCAAGAGGAGGAGAUAUGCACUGCCAGAAGAGGAAGAGGAAAUGCAGGGUGGUUUGUUGGACACAGUGGGAGCGGUGUGUGUGGACAGCUCGGGCUAUGUGGCGAGCGCGGUGUCCAGCGGAGGACUGCUGCUGAAGCACACGGGGCGAGUGGGUCAGGCGGCGGUGUAUGGUUGUGGCUGCUGGGCUGAGAACAACUGCGAUGGCAGUGGUGUCAGCAUAGGGGUAAGCACCACGGGCUGCGGGGAACACCUCAUCCGCACCAUGUUUGCACGCCUGUGUGCCCGCGCUGCCAUCUCACCAGAGCUGGGCAGCAACAUCACCCAUGCUGUCACUACCCAUUUCCUAGAGAGUGAUUUUUUGGAGGGCGUUCACCCCAGAAUGGCUGGAGCGCUGAUCCUGCGCUAUGACCCCCAGUCUGCCGUGAGUGACCUGUACUGGCUGCAUACCACCCGCACCAUGGGGGUGUGCUACAUGACCACCAAUGACCGCAAGCCACAGGCCCAGUUUUCAGAACUUGCAGAGGACAAGAUUGGCAUGUCAGUUAAUCUUCAGUGCAAGUCAUUUGGAGGACACUUGCCCAUUACCACCUCAGGGGAACUGCAGCCAGGGCCUUCCCACCGGGGUUUGUUGGUUCCAGGUGAGGAGGAAGAGGAGAGGGAGAAAAGUGAUUCCAGUGAUGAGGAAGAGGAGCCAGGAUAACAGAGUCUUUGUAAGGUGGGAGAAAGGAGUUCAGCUCAGAAACACACAGGAUCAAGGGGCCUCAUCCCAUUUGUCUACAAGGUAUUACCACAAUAUUGUUGUUUCAGGUCAGGAGGGUUGCUGUCCAUUCAUCUGUUAAUAUGGAGGUGUCAGUGACCCUGACUCAUGUUUAGGCUCGUUAUCAAAGACUUUCUUCCAUUUAACAUUCCCAUUGUCAUUGGAAAUAUGAUUGACCGCAGAAUUAUGGUUUGAUCUGAUCAGUUGUCACAUAAGAUAAGACAGACAGCUAAAGUGAUUAUGUAAUGUGUUUGCUUCUGAAAUUUAAGUUUUGUGUGUUCUUCCUGACUCUUGUACAAGGCCAUGUCUGUGGAGUGAACCUUCUGGCUCUUCAGGGUACAUAGUGCCACAGGGUUGGCAUCAAGGAACAUUAAUGUAUCUUAGGAUUAAGGCUCAUCACAACUGUCACUGCCAAAUGUGCACAGCCACUUACCAGUAUUUUCUCAGCAUUUCCAUAGCAACACUAAUUUUCUGGAGAGUGCAUUACUAGCCUGUGGUAGCUGAGGGCAGACUACCAGGCAGGCAACCAUGGGAUCACAGAGCUGCCCACUGAUACACCAUCAUGGUGUGGUGGGUGGUGGUCGACAUUUCCCAGGAAACAUGUCUUGGCUGAGUAGGACCUUAGGAGCCUUACUGUAGGAAGUCCAUCAGCACAAGGUCAUGUUGAAGGAUUGACUGCCAUUGUUGUGUCUCACUCAAGUACCACAGGCACCUCAACUGCCACACAGGAACCAAACACUACCUCAGUUGUGCCACCAACCAACAGUCCCUCGCUGCCCUUCCCUCACCCAGCCACACAUGCACACUAAGCAUCUGGUAAUGCUGGAGAUUUACCUGCAGCAUUGCUUGUAUAUACUUUGUACAGUCAGUCAGUCAGCUUGUACAGGCUAGUAUUAGCCUACAAGUUGUUGAAUAAGACUGUUUUAUGCAACACCCUAGGCAGCUAUUGAGGAGGGGUGAGUGGAGGUCACCGAGGGUCUGACCUGCUCAGGGUGGGCUAGCUACAGUGUAUGAUAUAACCUCUUGCUCAUGCUGCUUUGACUUGUGCUCUUAUUACUCCUAAGUGAAGACCUAUUUUCAAGGUCUUCAUCAUGCAGAGAUUUUGUCUAUACCUCUCAGAGUUCUCUUGAGAAAUAAUUUGUCUUGCAGACAAGAGACAAAGGCAACCAUUAUGGCAGCUGCCUCACCACAGGACUAUUAGUGUUCCUGGUGCCUGGUACUGCUACAUGUUAUUGCUUCCCAUUAGCAAUUAACUAAUAAUAGUCAUAGAUUUGUAUACAUUCCAUAGGUUGCUGAUGCAGACUCGUUACUUGGUAUUUUGUUGGUAUGUCAGUGUGCGUGGCCGUGCAUCAGCAGCCCCUCAGCAGCAUCCGUGUAUUGUUCCUCCUAGUCUUGCUCACCCUGAGUCCCACCAAGUGCCUGACAAACCACUUUACCUCAAAAAUUUCCAUAGUAACUCAUUCCAGUGGACCCAUAUCAGGAGUUUUGUUGUGCCCUUACCUUACCAAGGGUGGAGAGGAGAGGGGUCUUGCCACUUAGCUAUGUUAUGAGGCUACAUGUUCAGUGUUUUAAGUAGUGACAGACCCCUCCACCAAUCCACUCACCAUAGUCAGCCUCUGUCAGUUGUGGUUGGAAUUUUACAGUGCUUAUUCAGAGUACUUAAUUAUAUUUUGUAGGAAUGCUAACAGCCACUUCAUAACCGGCCAAGUGUUUCUGGUUGGAUGCACUUAUUCCAACCACUGUCUUUGCUCAUAGACAGGACCACAUGUACCUUGUUUGCCCUUCAACUUUUCUAUGUUCUCCUCCGUGGCUGUAGCUGUAAUAGUAGUUAGUGAUUGUAGACUUUCUGCUUAACUUUGUUAGUAAUAAGUUUAAAUUGGAUAAUUGGCCCUUAUUGUGUGUUUAAAUUUAGGUACAAAAGGUGUCUGAAAGUUCAAAGCCUGACAAAGUCUGUUGAGGACUGUGUUUGGGUGUGUUGACGCCUGCAGGGGGAGGUUCACUGCCAGCCUGCCUCUUUCAGUCUUAAGUUCAGAGGCAAUGUUUCCUUCUUGCUCACAGCUUUUGAGUACAUGAGUGCAGCAAAAGGCUACAUAGUUCAUGUAGUUAAUACUUGUGAUUUAAUGUCUCUUACUUAACUUAAUAGAAAGAUUUGUCAAAAAAGAGGCCUCAGGUAAAGUGGACCUCCCUUGUUUGUUUGUAAGUAGUAAUCAAAUAUGCCAUAUCACUCAGUAUUGCCAGCAGACCCCCAGCCUCUGCCUGCCAUGCCACUCAUCCAGGAGUAAAUCAGGCAGUCCCACAACAACUUCCCCCAAGAGGUGUUGGUUACCAUUCUUUUCUCUUUGACAACAAAAUUAGUUUUUUGUGUUUAUUGUACUGAGGUGUAUUUUGGAGCAGUAGUAUCAUUAUUAUGCAGCAAAUAAUUUAAGUUUUCCUUUGGAAGAUUAUGAUUACUUUUGCAAACAUAACUCAUAGUGACUAAGCAGUAAAGAGCAGCAGUUUUGUAGUUGUUACAGUAAUGAUUUCAGUGAGGUAGGGGUCUGCCCCAUGUUGAACAACUUACUCUUGUAAAUUUCCCCAUGUAACUCUUCUCUCACUGUAAGCAAUGCAUUAUUUUUUUGUACAGGGAAUCUGCAAAGUGUCAAUAAUGUUUGUGUGUACAUGAAGUAUUUCCAGUCAUCCUCUCAACAGAACCAACUGCUGCUAAGCAGAGCUUGUUCAUGUUGUAGAUCCAAGAAUUUUGAAUGGUAAUAUACAUGCUCUUUGUAGCCUAAGUAACAGAAGACUGGCUGCCUGCUGCUCUGGCUGGGGAUACACUGCUGCCGAGAAGAGUGUAAACUACUCAACUUUUGGAGUUCUAAAAAUGUUAUAGGAAGCUGUCAUCUUUUUUCAGAAUUCAUUGAUUUUUAAUAUCAUAUUUCCAUGCUUUGUGAACUUUGAUAGGUCAUACUCUGGCAAGUGAUGGUGCAUGGGCACAUCACUGAGACAGCAUUGUAACACACCAGGUGGGUCACGAUUGCCCAAACCUUGAGUAGUUUUAUCUUUCCGUGAGAGCAUAGUUAAUUCAUAUUUCAUAGAUUUAAGUAAGCUCAUUUGUUGGUCAAAUAAUACUUUAGUAUUGUACCUUUAAUUAUUUACUAGACUAUUUUCUAAAAAGUAACAUGUUAGUUACUGUAAAUACUAUUUAUUGCAACUUCAGCAACAUAAAGCAGCCAGCCAGUCUUGAAGGGACCAGCAAGACCAGUGAUGGACAGUGUUUGACAAGGUCGGUCAUGUGACUCACAGCCGAUGCUCAGAUCACCGCACCUUUGUUCCUGGCGGUCACUGUUGUAGGUCCAAUUCCGGUGAGGGCGAGUCAGGAUUGCUGGCCUUCUGGUCCCUUCUGUAGAGGCUUUGUGGACCCACAUUGCUCAACCAUUGACCAAAUGAUUCCAUGCCAUGUUGUUGAAUCCACCUACCUCAAUCAGUCAGCAAUAGUAAUAGACUAUACCAGCUUAGAGGCACAGUUUCAUAUUGGAGACAUAAUAAUGGUAGUUUUAGUGUCAUGUUCUGUUAUGUCCAUAUCAUGUCUAUAUGGUGUUACAUGAACCUUCUUUCUGAUCUGAGUCAGAUCUUUUCUUUUGUGAGGUCACCAUGCUUGUGAUUCUUUAAGACCAUAAGGUUUUGAAGUUCAGUCAUGUUUCAAGUUCAAACUAUAAUUUUAAUGUGACCGUGAGUUGUGUUUUGGGUGAGUGUCGUGAGAAUUGACAAGGGCUGGGGCAUUAGAACUGACUACAAGCUUUUGCAUUGUGGCUAAGUCUUAUUUUGUUGCUGUAGAUUCAGAGGGACCCCAUACCUGACUGGGUAACAUGUUGUAUUAUCUUACCCUACCUACACAUGUCAGUCUUGCAGAGCAGAGCAGUGCAGCUACACUUUACCAGACCAUGAUUAUUAACUUACAUGAUUUUGUAUAUUACGGGAAGAGAGUUAGUGUAGUUCAGGUUAGGAAACACAGAGAAAACAGUAACAUAAGCAUUAAAACAAUUUUUUUAUAUAAUUUAUUUAUACUGCCUUUAAUUUUGAAAUUUUGAAGAAUUAAUAUGUAGAUCUGAAGGCAUGUGGUAAUGAAUUUUUUUUUUAAAUGCAGUGAGUUGGAUAUUAUUAGUUUUCUUUUGGUAAAAGCCAAUAUAAAAUCAUGGUAAGAAUUGGAAAUAAUAAGCAGAGAAAAUACUGAGAGCCAGUUUGAUUCUACCAAGGUGAAUUGAGAAAGACGUGGACAACAGAGCAAUGAAGAGCCACAUACGAAUGUUGAUGAUGUAAUCAUAGUAACACCUCAUUACUCAUUGAUGGAGAUGGAACAAAUAUAUCACAUUUCAGUUCUCCAGCCUAAAGGUGGUGUCACACAGAGCAAAUUUCUCCCAAUACAUUGGCCAUUUUUGUUGGCUGUUGGGCAAAACAAGCUAAGUUUUGCUGGAGUGCGCAAGCUCAGCACAAAUUAAUUGAGCUAGUGAGGCAUCAUAUUAUACUAUAGGAUCACCACCACGAGUUAUUCAAGAAAACUGGCAAAGAAGAGCCAGUGGAGAGAAGACAGCCUCCAUGCUGACCAUGGACACACCCACUGCCUCUUCUGGCACUUCUGCACUUUCAUUAUGUGCAGUCCAGCAGCACAAUCUCUCAGUACCUCAGUAUCCUUGUGAUUCAUUCAUGUAGCUAAAGAGAUGCUGGCUUGGGGUUUGUAGGUGUUGGAACAACAAGGUGUUAACACAAUAGUCUAGCCCCUUUGUGAUGCUAAUCUUGUUGGGUUUGCAAUAUCACCAUUGAAAAAUGGCCAACAUGUUGGGAAUAAUUUGCCUGGUGUAACGCCGCCUAUGUUUCAUCAUUUGUGUUGGUCUGGUAAAGUGAUCACCUGUACUGCAGCUCUGUGGCUGACAUACCUUGCUUCAAUCUGCUGAUUCACCCUGACCUAUACUCCAAGUACAAACUGACUGACACACUGAACUGCAAAACAAGUACAGUAAACUCCCAUGUAGUCGGCAACCAUGGAGAUUUUGGUAUGCCUGAAAAUUGAACUUGCCUAUUGUUUAAAUAUUACUCAAUGCAUAAUUAAUCUAAAACAGUCACAUAAUUUAACCUUUCAACACCAGUAGCAAAUACUAUAUUUCCCAAGUAUUUGUGUGUUAGGCUGAAGUUUCCCUUGAUGAGAGACUAGCCAAGACAAGAUGUCAUGCAGUGUAGAAAUUGAAAAUACAGAGGAAAAGGAGAGAGAGAAAAGAAGAAAGAAAACUGUCACCAAACAUGUUCUCUUAAUGAAGCAUUAGUACACAUGGCUGUCUUUGUGAUGCCUCACUCCCUCUGGCAGCAUCCCCAAUUGUGUUGCUGUGUAUAAGUACAGCUAUUUUUCAGUUAAUACUAUAGACAUUUGUUGUGAAACUAAACUGGGAACAGUGGAUGCACUGGUGUUUGAUAUCUAUUGUAGUGUUGAAUGACUUACUAAUUAAUAUAUGGAAGUAUACUGUGUUGCUAAUCCUUGUGACUGCAUCCCCGGCAGUGUGUUGUGUGCACCAGCACUCUCACUUCAGCAUGCUGAUGCUCCACACUCACCCAUACUUGUGGUCUCGGACUACACUAGGCUAGAUCUUGUCAUCUAAGAGUUUUCAUAAUUGUAAUUUUGCAUUAGAGCUAUUUACUUGAAUAGCUUCACUUGCUGUUCUUUUACACUCAAAGCAGUUUAGUGACUUCCUUCCUUUUGUUUAUUUUAGUCAGUGGGAAGUAUUCUAACACUAGUCUUUGGAAAUUAAUUUUAGAUUAUUGUCUGCUUAUUUCAUUGUUGUGUAAACUUACUAUGAAAUAAUACUGAAGAUAACUUUACCUCAGUGGCAGCACUGUGUGCCACACUCCCGUGGUGGAGUGUGUGCCCAGCAGGGACUGCCGCACCUGCUGGCUCACUGCUCACACCUGCAGGCCAUGCUGGGUUACUUCCACAGUAACUUUCAUGCUUACUUGCUUGAGUGUCAUUCUUAUCUUGUUAUAAUGAACUUAGUUGCAAAACUGAUGCUUUCUGUGAAAGUAUCAUUUAUGUAAUUUCUGUUCAAAGUACAAGUUGUACUGUAUCAGCAGUUUGUGUCUAGCUGAGUACUUAAGUCAAACAAGAAAUUUGUGUUGCCGAGUGAAUUUAUUGAAAAUCUUUGUUGAUUAAAAUUAAGUUUAUCAAGUUUGUUAGUAAAUUUCCGUUGAAAAACUAUUGUAUUAAAUCAAAAGCAAGGCAAAAUAUGAGCAAGUUCAGUGCUUUGUCUAAAUAAAUUUUUAUAGAAUUGCUAAUGCUCACCCGAAAGGUAAUAAUGUCUGAGUGUAUUUUAAGAGUUACUGAUUCCUUUUUUAAUAGUAACAGUGGUCAAGUGUAUUUUUAUGUCGCAACUCCAGAAACUCCUCUAAGCUGGGUGCUGGUGAAUCUGCCCAGCAGAGUGAGGGAUUUGGCUUGCACAGGUACAAGUCAGGUACAACACCCCUUCAUUGUUGAUUUGUUACACACUUCUCACUUUUAUAACUUUGAUUGUUGUGAUUUUACAGUAUUAAUGUUUUCAGGUUGUUUAUAUUUUGUCAGUGAACCAUGAUGUAGAACUUUUAUGAGUAGUACUUUGAGCUGUGGGAACUGGACUGCAUAAACAUGGACAGAAAAAGUCUUCCUUAACAGUGAUUAAAAGAUAUAAAGUUCAAAUUUUCUCUAGUCAUAAAAAUACAUUCAGUUUAUUACUCCAAUCAAUGUAUUAGUAUUUUGCACCAGUGCUGAUGCAGACCUUUUGCUGGAAAAACAAGUAUUUUGUGUUGAUAUUCUGGUAUUAUGAGAAGUAAAGCUAAUCUCCUCUUUGUUUUUUGCCUAGUAAAUAAGAUCAUGAAAACAGAAGUUUUGUCCAUGUUUGUGCACCAGACCAGUUUGUACAGCAAUACACCUCUAUUUCAAAUUGCUACAUCCAGCACUGCAGCUAUUGUAGUACACUAUCAGGUUUGAUGCAUUUGCUAUUGCAGCAGUGCAUUAGAACAUCAAGUCAGGUAUCCUCAGUGAUGCUCAGGAAGGUUGCUUUUGAUGAACACUUCCAGUCCUUACAGUCAGUGAAUUGCAACAUGUGUUCAAACUAUCCAUAACCAUAACUCACAGAUGUUUUUAGUGUUCACAUUUUGAAACUUGAAUAAUCAUGAAAGGUUAGAAUCACUCCCCUGAUGCAAUGUGAGUACCAUAAGACAUUGUUCAGCAUUGGACUGAAUUGAAGAGAUAUUGCUGGUUAAAAGUGAAACCCACUGAAUAACAAGACACUACCAGUAUUGCACAUAAUUUAAAGUGUACUGGAACUGCAGCAGUUAUAAUUCAGAGUAUAGGCCAACAGACUUCUUUGGGUGACUCCCAACUCAUGCUGAAAUCACACUUGCAGCUCAUUUAAUUCAUUGCAUAGACCACAAAUUGGAAAGGCAGAGGAUACGAUUCAUGUGUACCUCAGCAGGGUGUGGAAUUUGCUACUUGAGACCAGUAGUGAGUGGCAUAAGCGACCACACUUACUCAUCCUACAGUAAGGAUGCUGGACAUUGUCCAAUGUACUCAGUUACUUUACAUUAACACUCAAAUUCCUACACAUCAGGCCUAAACUGUAGUUCUGUAAAUGUUUAGAAAAGGUAUUGCAUACUAGUUCCCUGCAAAAUAGCCCAUGUUACACAGUACAUAUAGUUUAAUCUCAGUGGAAUGAUAGAUACUGUAAUUUCAUUGUUGUUGUUUAUCCGCUGUUUUUGAAGCACCAAGUCCCUCACUCAGCCAGACCACCCACCGGCUAGUUUGACAAUCCAUGUCCCACCACCACCUGGCAGAUGAUACAACCACAGGGAAGGGAGCAGUGCACCACCUCAGUAUGCAAGUUUUUAUGCCCUAUUUUCAUAGCUUAACGUAUCAUGUUUAGUGAUUUUUUAAAAAUCACUACGUAGUUGGUAACAUUACUCUGAGUAGCAUGGAACUUGUGUGAUGUUGUCUCCCUCACCCCUGGUGGUCAUCUCCAUCAUGUCCAUAGACCAAAGUUGUUUACACUUGUACAGUCAGUUUGCAUUGCCAAGUUUUCUUUCCUUUGUUCUUCGGAUGUCAUGUUUGGCUGUAUUUUUAAUGUCUCAAAAAAUUGUGUACAGUAAUUCAAUGGAUGUAUGUCACAAACAAAUGAUGCAUAAUUAGGUUUAGUGGUAAAACAAGGACUUCUAUGAUAAAUGUGUUCAGGUUUGCAAUAAAAUUGAUGUAAAUGAUAACAUUAAAUAUUUCAGCAUUACAGAAAACAAAAUAUUGCAUUUCGUGAAUAGUUAGCACGUUUUACCUUUGUUUUAGACCUUCGUAAGUGUUGGCACCACUGCCCACCAAUGGCCAGUGGUGCCAAGCAGUAGUUGUCUUCUGUAGACAUGGUAGAAGUCUCUGUAGAUGUCUCAUUCUUUUUGUAAUUUCAUUAUUUUGGUAUUGUGAAUUUUUCUAUUUUGCAUUUGCUCUUAAUAAAAACAAUGGUUGACCAUAUGUUCAUGUGCAAUCCUGGAUGCUGUUUUUGUGUUGCAAAAUUCACUUGUAAAUGAGGGGAUGAGGGAACUUGUAGUUGGUGGAGCAUUAUGAAAGGGAUGAACAGAAGAUACCAUUCAUGACUGAUGUUCUCAAGGGAGAUGAAAUACAAGAGUCAUAAAGGUAAUAGUUAAAGGUAUGCUUGAUUUACAUCAUGCUGAUUGUGUUGCGGUCAGAAAACUAUCACAUUUCUCAUUUCCUUAUCUUUUUAAAUGGUGUAAAAUCCUUCUCUGCCACUAAGUAUCCCAAAUCUCUUUGGAACAUAUCUUUUGCAACUCAUAUCAAGGGAACCCUGAGGAAGUUGUACCAAGUCCCAUCAUGACCAUAGCUGUCAGUCAACAUAGGCUGUCAGUCACCACAGGAUAUUAAGAGAAUGAAAGAUUAUACAGUAUUCAGCAUAUAUUCACAGAUACUUCAAUAAGAACAAUUCUAAAGAUGGUAAUAAUACUUACUCUUAUGUAAAUAAAUAUAAAACUGAACUAUGAAGAACAUCAAAAAUUCACAUGAAUGCAAAGAUGCAAACUUAUGUUUUAAUUUCUUCAGAACCUAUAACAGACCAUUUUUGUAUAUAUUUUUGUAAAAUCAAGUAGCUUCUAAAAAGCUGUUAUAGAGUAAUUAGUACAACUGAUGAUGUUUUAACAAUUCCUCUUAAGACAAAAUACUUUUGGUGUCACAGCAAAGCUUUGUACUGACACCAACAUCUUGCAAUCCAAGCUGCUGUCAAACUUUAGGGAAACUUUCACUUGUUUUAAACUGUCACUUGCUUCAGAACAGUAGUGGAAGAAAAUUGCAUCACUUUUGUAGGAGAGAGAGAGAGAGAGAGAGAGAGAGAGAGAGAGAGAGAGAGAGAGAGAGAGAGAGAGAGAGAGAGAGAGAGAGAGAGAGAGAGAGAGAC